AAGACACCAAUAGGCAGACAGCCUUGGGGCCGGGGGUGGGCCCGCCAGGGAAUGCGGGUGAUGCAUUGGCAGGUCUGGCUGUCUGGCUGGGUAGUGCCUGUCGAUCGCGCGGUAGUGCCGUAGCAACAGGGGAGCAACCCUCGUCGAACUUUGAACCUCGUGUUGAUAUUAACAGCGUCGCGGGUUUCAUUUCCCAUUUUUGCCUCCUUGAAUAGGUAUUAAUCUGCCCCAUCGGCCUAGCAGACUCUCCAAGAAAUCCAGCGAACGAGGUUCGUGAUCUCAACUGCAUCAUCUGUGCAUUGGAGGCAUCGAGAAAACUGCCGUGGCUUUUGUUUACCUGAGCACUUGGUGCUUUAUUCCUAUCUUGGAAGCAGCAUAGAAGGCGGCAAAGACAGAGCGUUCUCGCGGUCGGAACAUGAGCACGCCUCCCGACCCCGCACUUGACGUCGACGGCCAUUCCUGAGGACUUGCAAGCUGAUCAGUUCAGCCAAUUGCCUCGACAUGUCCGAAGCUACGACUUACCAGCCCGUCACGGCCGACUCGGAGGCCAAAGAGGGCGCUACGUCGACAGCGGCUCCCUCCAGUCGCCCUGGCCUAUGGACCAGAAUCACCGAACGCUUCCCAUUUCUGCAGCACAAGCGGGGCAUCGCCAUCGUGGUAAUAGCAGUGUUGCUCGUCAUCGGUGGGGGUCUUGCUGGCCUGGCUGCCUUGCCCAAUCGCUCAGGAUCUUCUUCUGGCGGCUCAGGAUCUGGCAGCGGGGCUGGAAGCAACCCCAACGCCAUCAACAGCGACACGUACUUUUAUGGGCAAUCCCCAGCUGUGGGCCCUUCACCCGGAAUCACGGGGCUUGGGUCGUGGGAAGGCUCGCUUUCACGGGCGCAGGCGAUGGUGUCGAACAUGACCCUGGACGAAAAGAUUAGCCUGACAGCCGGAUCAACCAGUGACACUGGAUGUGUUGGCUACUUGAACCCAAUCGAGCGCCUGGGAUUUCCUGGAAUGUGCUUUCAGGACGCAGGUCAGGGAGUAAGGGCGACUGACUUCGUCUCAGCAUGGCCUGCGGGUAUUCAUGUGGGCGCGAGUUGGAACCGGAAUCUAUCCCGAGCUCGAGCUCUAGGCAUGGGAGGCGAGUUCCGAAAGAAGGGUGUGAAUGUGGCCUUGGGCCCUGUCGUAAGCCCUUUGGGACGAACGGUUACAAGUGGGCGCAAUUGGGAAGGCAUCUCACCAGAUCCUUUUCUCUCUGGCUCUCUAGUGUUCGAGACGGUCCAAGGCGUCCAGACAGCCGGUGUCAUCACAUCUACAAAGCAUUUCAUCGCCAACGAACAAGAAACACAUCGAAUGCCGAACGGCGGAGUCCAAUCAGUAUCUUCCAAUAUCGAUGAUCAGACUAUGCACGAGCUGUAUCUUUGGCCAUUCCAAGACGCCGUCCGCGCUGGGAGUGCCAAUAUUAUGUGUUCCUAUCAGCGUAUCAACAAUUCGUACGGUUGUGCCAAUAGCUAUACCCUGAACGGGCUAUUGAAGACAGAGCUUGGCUUCCAAGGAUUUGUUGUCUCGGAUUGGAAUGCGCAGUAUACCGGAGUUGCGACCUCUCUGGCCGGGCUUGAUGUUGCCAUGCCCAACGGUGGCGUCUACUGGGGACCCAAGUUGAAGGAAGCCGUCACGAAUGGGAGCUUGGCCGAAUCCAGGGUCGACGACCAAGUUACACGUGUCCUAGCAUCAUGGUACCAGUUGGGUCAAGACCAAGGAUUUCCCACCCCUGGAAUAGGUCUACCCCGGAACCUGGCAGAACCUCAUAGCAUUAUCGAUGCCCGAAACUCUUCAUCAAAGUCAACUCUGUUUGAUGGAGCUGUGGAGGGACACGUGCUCGCGAAGAAUACAAGGGGUGCUCUGCCAUUAUACAGGCCAAAGAUGCUCUCCGUGUUCGGCUACUCAGCAAGCCAGCCCGGGCAAUACAAUGUCGAGCCUCCUGGCGGGACUGUAUGGACCCUCGGAGCCGAGUCCGCCGACCCUUCUAGUGUUCUCCAGGGGUUUCUUGGAAACCUCACGUACCCUUACGAACAGAUCGCUCCUAAUGGGACAUUGUUCUGUGGUGGAGGGUCGGGGGCGAAUGCCGCAGCUCUGGGCCAUUCGCCAAUGGACGCUCUGCAACAACAAGCUGCGAACGAUGACACAGCCCUUUUCUGGGAUUUCAGAUCAGCCACGCCCAUCGUAAACGGAGCCUCAGAUGCUUGUCUGGUGUUUGGAAAUGCGUGGGCGAGCGAGGGCUCCGACCGGCCGGGCCUUCACGAUGACUACACGGACGGUCUGAUCAAACACGUCGCGUCCACGUGCAACAACACUAUUGUCAUAUUCCACAAUGCCGGCGUGAGGCUUGUCGAUCAGUUCGUGGAUAACGAAAAUGUCACCGCUCUCAUAUUUGCCCACCUUCCAGGCCAGGAAUCCGGACGAGCACUGGUGUCUUUGCUGUACGGGCAAUCAAACUCAUGGGGUAAAUUGCCUUACACAGUGGCGCGGAACGAAUCCGACUAUGGCGAGCUGUUGCAUCCAGCGAAGGCGGAUGGCGACUUUGAGCUGUUCCCACAGGCAAAUUUUACCGAGGGUAUUUAUAUUGAUUACAGGCAUUUCGAAGCCAACAAUAUUGAGCCCCGAUACGAGUUCGGGUACGGUUUAUCAUAUUCGACCUUUGAAUACGCGAGCCUCCGAGUAAACCAGAACUCCACUUCGGAGACAUCCGAGUACCCAAGCGGCCCUGUCGAGGUUGGCGGCCAGUCCGACCUGUGGGAUAAGUUGGUCUCAGUCACAGCCGAUGUCCGGAACACAGGGACCGUGAACGGGACUGAGAUCGCUCAACUGUACGUCCAGACGCCAGGGAUGAAUAGACCCCGGGUUCUGCGAGGCUUUGAGAAGCCACACCUCAACCCUUCGCAGACGUCAACGCUCUCAUUUGAUCUUACACGUCGAGAUCUGAGUGUAUGGGACACCAUGGCCCAAAAGUGGCUGCUGCAGAGAGGCCAGUACACUUUGUACGUGGGCUCGAGCAGUCGCAACCUGCCCCUGAACGCAACUUUCAACUUCUGAAGCUUCCAGCAACUCGUGCACAUGGAGGAUCCAAGACAACAUUCGGCUUGCAGUCUGCAUAACAGAGGGUCAAGGGGGCUUUGAGCUCCUCGGCACCAGGAUGGUCACGAUGGUCAUGGUGGGAGAUCAGUCGUAGGGAAUGCUUGUUGGACGAACCAGGUUUCACAGCGGCAACAGGGCCGUGCUUGUGCAUAGAAUGAAGAGGCCGUCCGUGGUGUCAACCAAGGGUCCAGGGUAGCAACGCUAAUACAAGUGUAUACCACACGUGUAGUUCGUUUUGAUGGUUCUGGAAGACGAGGUCUGAAAUGCGAGGCAUUGAAAGUACGGAGUAAGGGUUCAAGGGUAGCGGACCCCCCUGCUCGGCUG